CUAUUUGUUCUAGAUUUGUUAAACUUUUCCUGGCCCCAGCCCUCUAGGUCAAAACCUAACAAUACCAUCCAUCUUGUGUUAUUCUCUUAUUUAUGGCAACUGGGAUAUGAGUAACAUGGCAAUUUGGCUAUUCUCCAACCCCCUCUGUGCCAAGUUUCACCCUUUCCUAUUGUUGGGAAAUGUACCACAUCAUGUGGUGGUUCAUUGCCACCCUCAUUGGGCCUCACUUUCAAGUGUACUUUGUCCUUUUCUGUAGAUGCCCUUUUCUGUAAAUUAAGUCUCUUCUAAUAAAGUAAACAAACUGUCACUGUUGUCAGAAUUGUUUUACUUCAAACAUCUUAGUUGUUUAGUCAUGUUCUGUGUAUAGAGGCCUUGGAUGUUUUGGAUCAACGAAGUCCUUUUUUAGUGACAAACAAAAAAAUAAUUUAGUUAUACAUGGGUUGAAGAGGUGUGGCGCUAAUAAGAGACAAGCAAUGGUUGUGACCAAGAACUGGAGAGACGAAAAAGGAGGGAGGGAUGGGUAAUUCCAGGGCAGGAUAUAGUCUCCCUUCUUUCAAUAAUCUGUUUGUUGUUGUGAUCCUUGUGUUAUAUCCUUUACCAACUCAUGUUGAUUCCAAAUGUAUUAUCUUCAACUUUGGUGAUUCGAACUCCGACACGGGGGCCCUUACCUCUGGUCUCGGCCUCUAUCUCGGCCCCCCAGCCGGCCGCCAAUUCUUCCACAAGACUACUGGCCGGUUCUGUGACGGCCGGCUGUAUAUUGAUUUCAUCUGUGAGAACUUGAAGAUAAAUUAUCUGAGCCCUUAUCUGGAGUCGUCAGGGUCGAACUUUACGCAUGGAGUGAACUUUGCUGUAGCUGGUGUGGCCACUCAGAUGACCGGAGUUCCAUUUCCUUUAUCUACUCAAGUUCUUCAAUUCCUUCACUUCAAGAAUCGCACGCGAGAUCUCCGCUCAAAAGGCUUAGGUUCAUUGAUCAGCGAGAAGGAAUUCCAUGAUGCAGUUUAUUCCUUUGACAUGGGGCAGAAUGAUAUCUCUAUCGCCUUCAUUGCUAACUUGAGCUAUCCCCGAGUCGUGGACAACAUACCAUCUAUUCUCUCAAGAAUCGAAGAUGCCAUUGAGUUAGUAUACGAAAAUGGUGGUCGCAAAUUCUGGAUAUACAAUACAGGGCCCCUUGGAUGUUUACCGCAGACGCUUGCGCUGAGGAAAAAGAACGACAGCGAGCUUGAUCUGUUGGGCUGUCUUGCUGAUUACAACAAUGCAGCAAAAGCUUUUAACGAGCAAAUGAAUAAAUUAUGCGACAAAUUGAGUUCCGAGUACAAGAAUGCUACUACUGUCUGCACAGAUAUGUAUUCUAUCAAGUAUGAUCUCUUCGCUAAUCAUAAAGAAUACGGUUUUGAGAACCCAUUGAUGGCUUGUUGCGGCCACGGCGGGCCGCCGUACAACUACGCAGAUCGGAUAACUUGCGGCCAGCCCACGGCGACAGCUUGUGCGGUGGGCGAUCGGUCAAUAAGCUGGGAUGGGGUACACUACACAGAAGUUGCAAAUAAGAUAGCCGCUUCUAAGAUACUAUCAGGAAAAUAUUCUAAUCCCCAGAUUAAGCUCACAACUCUUUGCAGAAGUUGAGCAGUGUGUCUCCUGCUUUUAUGCGCUCUUCAAAAUUAUAAUUGUAAAUCAUUUAAAUUAGUUUUAUUUCAUCAAUGUUGUUAUUGUCAUGAUGCCGAUCAAGGUAAUAAAGUUCGAAUUAAAAAGAUAUGUAUG